AACCGUUAAACCCUAGCACCCAAAAACCUCUAACGAAACAAUCGCAUCAAACGCCAGAAGAGAAACAAGGCAAAAGCAACAAAAUGGUGAAGUCGUAUCUCCGGUAUGAGCCGGCGACGGCGUUCGGAGUGAUUGCUUCAGUCGAUUCCAACAUCACAUACGACACCUCCGGUAAACAUCUACUAGCUCCAGCUCUUGAGAAGGUCGGUGUUUGGCAUGUCCGUCAAGGCGUCUGCGCCAAAACGCUUACACCUUCUACCCAAUCUCGCGGCCCUUCUCUAGCCGUUACCUCCAUUGCAGCCGUGCCUUCUUCUUCAUCUCUGAUAGCUAGUGGGCAUGCUGAUGGAAGUAUAAGAAUUUGGGAUUGUGAGAGAGGAACCUGUGAGACAACAUUGAAUGGGCACAAAGGGGCUACAACAAUCCUUCGUUUCAACAAAACAGGAUCAUUACUUGCAUCUGGGAGCAAAGACAAUGACAUUGUUCUAUGGGAUGUUAUUGGCGAAGUUGGACUUUUCCGUCUACGUGGCCACCGGGAUCAGGUUACUGAUCUUGCUUUCUUGGAUUCUGGUAAAAAGCUUGUUAGUUCCUCAAAGGACAAGUUUUUAAGGGUUUGGGAUCUUGACACCCAACAUUGUACACAAAUAAUCGGUGGUCAUCACAGUGAAGUUUGGUCCAUAGAUGUCGAUCCUGAAGAAAGGUAUUUAGUCACAGGAUCAGCAGAUUCAGAGCUCCGAUUCUACACCAUUAAGCAAGAAAACCUAGAUACUAACAACAAAGACUCUUCUAUUGAAAACAAAUGGGAAAUUCUAAAACCUUUUGGUGAAAUUCAAAGACAGAGCAAAGAUCGCGUAGCAACAGUAAGAUUCAACAAAUCAGGUACGCUUUUAGCCUGUCAAGCUGCAGGAAAAACAGUGGAGAUAUAUCGCGUAUUAGAUGAAACCGAAUCAAAACGUAAAGCAAAAAGGCGAGUCAACAGAAAGAAAGAGAAGAAAUCUUCUAAAAUGGUUGAAAAUGGAAACACAGAAGAUUCAAACCUAACCAUGGUAACAGAGGUUACAGUCCCUGAUGUAUUUAAGCUUUUACAAACUGUAAGAGCCACCAAGAAAAUCUCUUCCAUCUCAUUCUCCCCCAUCACUUCCAAAAACUCACUAGCUACAUUAGCAAUAUCAUUAAACAACAAUUUACUUGAAAUAUAUUCAAUAGAUACCAAUUCCACUACAAAAACCAGUUCCAUUGAGCUUCAAGGGCAUCGUUCUGAUGUAAGAAGUGUUACCCUUAGUUCAGAUAACACUCUUUUAAUGUCAACAAGUCACAAUUCUGUCAAAAUCUGGAACCCUAGCACUGGUUCUUGCCUUCGCACCAUUGAUUCAGGAUACGGGUUGUGUAGUUUAUUUGUUCCUGGGAACAAAUUCGCUGUCAUUGGUACAAAAAGUGGCAAUCUUGAAAUUAUUGAUGUAAGAAGUGGCACUUUAGUUGAAGUAGUAAAAGCUCACACAGGAGCCAUCCAAUCAAUUGUCGCCACAUCAGAUGGUGGUGGUUUUGUGACAGGUAGUUCUGAUCAUGAUGUUAAGUUUUGGGAAUAUGAAACCACAAAGAUUCAAGGUCAAGAUUCGGUCAAUCUAACGGUUUCCACUGUGAAGAACUUAUCAAUGAAUGAUGAUGUCAUCGUUGUUGCUGUUUCCCCUGAUGGGAAACAUAUAGCUGUUGCGCUAUUGGAUUGCACUGUGAAGGUGUUUUACAUGGAUACUUCAAAGUUUUUUCUUACAUUAUAUGGUCACAAGCUUCCAGUAUUGUGCAUGGAUAUAUCAUCUGAUGGGGAUCUUAUUGUAACGGGGUCCGCAGACAAAAAUAUAAAAAUUUGGGGAUUGGAUUUUGGUGAUUGUCACAAAUCCAUUUUUGCUCAUGCUGAUAGUGUUACAGGGGUAAAAUUUGUCCGAAACACACAUUACAUGUUUACAGUUGGGAAAGAUCGUGUGGUAAAAUAUUGGGAUGCUGAUAAAUUUGAGUUACUUUUAACCCUAGAAGGGCAUCAUGCGGAAAUUUGGUGUUUAUCAAUUAGUGAUCGUGGUGAUUUUGUAGUCACGGGGUCUCAUGACAGGUCAAUAAGACGGUGGGACCGGACUGAAGAACCCUUUUUUCUCGAGGAAGAAAAAGAGAAAAGAUUGGAAGAAAUGUUUGAGGCUGAUUUGGAGAAUUUGGAAAACAGAUAUUUACCUCAACAAGAGCUUCCGGAAGAAGGUGCUGUUGCUAUAGCUGGUAAAAAGACGCAAGAUACCCUCACAGGAACUGACUCGAUUAUUGAAGCAUUAGAUAUUGCAACUGAAGAAUUGAAAAGAAUGGCUGAAAAUGAAGAGGAAAAGAAACAGGGAAAAGGUGGAGAAUUUAGGUCAAAUGUUAUCAUGCUUGGGCUCUCUCCUUCUGAUUAUAUUCUUCGUGCAGUUUCAAAAGUUCAUACAAAUGAUUUGGAACAAACUUUACUUGCUUUACCGUUUUCAGAUGCUUUGAAGCUUUUAUCAAAUUUAAAAGAUUGGUCUUCUAAUCCUGAUAAGGUUGAGCUAGUUUGCAGGAUUGCAACAGUGUUAUUGCAGUUGCAUCAUAAUCAGUUAGUUGCAACCACAAGUACAAGGCCUCUUUUGGCUCUUCUUAAAGACAUACUUCAUGCUAAAGUCAAGGAAUGUAAGGAUACUCUUGGAUUCAAUCUGGCAGCCAUGGAUCACAUUAAGCAAUUGAUGGCUUCAAAAUCUGAUGCGCCUUUUCGAGAUGCAAAGAGCAAGUUGCAAGAAAUAAGGGCAAAACAGUCAAAACGCGUUGAAGAAAGGGGGGACACAAAAGGGGAAAGAAGGAAGAAGAAGAAGCAAAAGAAGGAUGAUGGACAUGUGUGGUCUUGAGUUUGAAUGAUUGGUGGAGAUGGGAGUUUUGAGGCAAUUAUUGGAUUCUUUUGUGGGAUGUUAUAGAGUAUUGUGCUUUUGUGCAAUGUACCUUUUUUUGAAAUAUUUGUUCAAUAGUAUUAUGAGAGGAGAAUUGGAAAACAAGAAAUGUAAAAUGAUGAAAUGAUCUUCUUAUCCUUGCAAACAAACAUAGUUACACAUAUACAA